GUUUUUUUUAAACACCCGAGAGCAGUGCUCCCAGUGGUGAGCUGGUGGUAGUUGGCGGAACAAUGGAACUGAGGAAUAAGCCUAACGCUGUCUUCAUGGCCUUCGGCACCAAAGGCGACGUUUUUCCUCUUGCUGCUCUUGCGGUGGCUUUUGCUCUUGAUCAGGAGCAAUACCAUGUAACCUUCAUAACUCAUUCAGCGCAUGAGAGCUUAACCCAGAAUUUGCUGCAAAAAGGUGUUGCUUGUAUUGCAGUCUCAUCACCACCUACACUUUCUCCUGUUAAUGAAAAUGACACUGAAGAUAUUGCAAACUCUUUUUCCUUGGAGAAAAGCAAAAUUACAAGAGAACAUAGGCAAGAGUGUCUUUCCAUAUUUGGAAGGAUAUUUGCAGAUGGCUUAAGCUUAGAGAAUGAUGUGGUUGUGAUAAACUUUUUUGCAUUGGAGGGCUGGAGCCUCGCAGAACUUUAUAAUAUCCGGUGUGUUGUUGCUGCUCCUUAUGUUGUCCCUUACAGUGCCCAUUCAUCAUUUGAACGUCACUUUCAAAAUGAACUUCCGCAUUUAUACAAGUAUCUUAAAGAGGCUCCUCCUACCAAGAUUUGCUGGGAUGAUGUUAUUCAUUGGAUGUGGCCGCUUUUUACAGAAGAUUGGGGAUCAUGGAGAUCUGAUGAACUAAAUCUGAGUCCCUGGCCUUUCACAGAUCCAGUUACAGGUCUCCCUAAGUGGCAUGACAGGACUGCAUCUCCUCUUUUACUGUAUGGAUUUAGCAAAGAAGUUGUAGAAUGCCCUGAUUAUUGGCCUUUAAAUGUUCGUGUUUGUGGCUUCUGGAUGCUCCCAAAGGAAUGGCAGUAUUCAUGUAGCAAAUGUCAGAAACUCUCAAUGCAGCUUUCCCCAGAAUGCUUGCACACUGAGGAUGCUUUAUGUACAACUCACAGUGGCCUUCAAUCUUUUCUUAAGAGUUCAGCAUCAUCACUGGUUUUCAUAAGUUUGAGUUCUGUUGGAAGUAUGGGUUUUUUAAGGAACGCCCGUCAGUUUCUUCAAGUUCUUCAAGCAGCUUUAAAUAUCACAAGUCACAGGUUCAUUCUACUCACAGCUGGAUGUGAAUCUCUGGAAGCUGCAAUACAAGUCAUUGCUGCUGAAAGUACGUCUAGUUCACAACAAAUAGAGUUGAGUAACAAAGGAAUUACUCUUUUUGGAGGCAGACUUUUUUGUUUUUCUGGUUCCAUACCGUAUAGUUGGAUGUUUCGAAGAUGUGAUGUUGCCAUUCAUCAUGGAGGCAGUGGAUCCACCGCAGCUGCACUACUUGUGGGAAUUCCACAGAUAUUGUGUCCAUUUCUUUUUGAUCAGUUCUAUUGGGCAGAUAGGAUGUUCUGGCUUGGAGUUUCACCAGAACCAUUGAAGAGAAAUGACUUGAUUCCGGUUGAUGGUGGCUAUAAAAGCAUCAAAGAAGCUGCAGAAAAAUUGGUAAGGUCCAUAAGUUAUGCCCUGUCUCCAGAAGUCAGAGCAUGUGCGUUGGAGGUUGCUGAAAGAUUAUCUCUUGAGGAUGGACUAUCAGAAGCUGUUAGAAUUUUAAAGGAAGAAUUGAGCAAAUAGUUUGUUCUUCUCUUCUUGAUCAUGGGUUGGAUAAUGUCACAGAAGUGUUAGUUUCAAAUUACAAUCCUUCGACUCACAAUGUGGCUGCUGUAAACCAUGGAGGGUAUAACAGUUGCAUAACACCGCAGGGAGCCAAAGUGUACCAGAGUGGAAAUGACAGUAUCAGACUUGUCAGAGGACAGAACUUUUUCAUUUGCAGCAUUUCUUUUCAUUGUCAAGUCGAAUGAAGAUGGCUAUUUUUGCAAUAUGAUCCAUAUGUAUUUAUAUAUCAUAUAUGAUAUAAAUCACAUUUGUCAAAUGGCCUUAUAACUAUAUGUAUUUUGCUUCUUUUUUUUUA